AUGAAGAGGUCAGAUAUCAAGAUCUGUUUACAGAGCGCACAUCAGGCAAGGAAGCAGGAUACAUGCUGCAUCGACAAAACGAAUAAUGCCGAGCUCAGCGAAGCAAUCAAUUCCAUGUUCCAUUGGUACAAGAAUGCCGGGGUCUGUCUUGCUUACCUGGCAGAUGUGCCACCGAACGUGGAUCCUUCCCACAAGGACUCUCUAUUUUCGGCUAGCAGAUGGUUCACAAGAGGGUGGACGUUACAGGAACUUCUAGCCCCCUAUGUGGUGAUAUUCCUCGCAGAUGACUGGUCUGAGAUUGGGACCAAGACUGAACUUGUUUCGCCCUUGUCGAUAAUCACUGGCAUACCAUCGAUGUUUUUGCUCGGAGUGGAUCUCGAGUCAGCUAGUGUGGCGAUGCGUUUCUCAUGGGCGUCUGGAAGGAGUACAACCAAGCCAGAGGAUAUAGCAUACUGCUUGCUGGGAAUAUUCGAUAUCCAGAUGUCGCUGUUGUAUGGAGAACGAGAAGUAGGUGCCUUCAGGCGCCUACAGCAGAAAAUUAUGAAAAACUCCGACGACCAAAGCAUAUUUGCCUGGACGCUAGACAAGGACCAAGGCUCGCCUCUUCGUACUUCUGGUUUACGAAAAGCAUUCAGCUUGCUCGCGCCAUCACCAGAGUCGUUCAAGGGUUGGCGUAAUGUCGUCGAAACGACGCCUCCCGUGGUACCGGGCUAUCUGGACGGUAUUCGGACGCCUACCGUAUUCAAUAACAAGGGCCUACACCUUGCUCUACCAAUCAUUCCACUGUCAGUUGUUGACAGACGGGACCGGAGGGUGAUCGCGGUCCUCAAUUGUCGCAAGGUAGGAAACAACAUGAUGCGACUUGCCGUCUGUUUACAAGACGUCUCAACCAAUGGAGGACGAUAUGUCCGCGUGCGCUCACAUAUGCUCGUCAGUAUCCCCUUACGUCUUGUAGUGGCGCUUGCAAAGUACGCCAGCAUCUCUGUCCGACAAGAAGAAUGCGCACAGCAAGCCAAUAUGAGUCUUCCGAACUCGUUGGACGAACGACUUUAUUCUGUGGUAGAGUGCAAAUACAAUAGCGCCAUUUUAUUAUCAGACCUUGCGCGAAGGAUAAGUCAAAGUGAACCCGAAGACCGGGCAAUGACAUCCGUGGAAUAUUCAUGUCAGAAAGAUCCAAUCUCGCCGACGAAGGACACCCCAUGGCAUGACAUUACACCGCAACAACAAAGCGCGAGAGCGAAAACUAUCCCGCUUCGACAGAGGAUUCGCAGGUACAGUCUCUUGACUGCCUUUGACGGACACACGGAAAAGGAAAGUUAA